AUGGGUACUGCCUCGCUUACCCACGAGCACCUUAGUCUUCAAACUGAGGAAGAGUACUCUGAAUUGAUUCAAAAACUUGGAACCGAAUGCGAGGAAUAUCAGCCUUCCAUCAGCAUUAACGCCGGCGCGUGA